GAGCCGGUGGGCGAUGAGCGGGCCAUCGAUGGCCAAAGGGUGUCGCCACGGCAGCCGCAGCUCAUCACUGGCGGCAUCAUGCGCGAGUACCAGCUGGAGGGCAUGGAAUGGCUGGCGUCGCUGUACGAAAACGGGCUCAACGGCAUCCUCGCAGACGAAAUGGGACUGGGCAAGACACUCCAGACCAUCGCAUUCCUGUGCUUCCUGCGCGAGCGCAAAGUAUGGGGCCCAUUUCUCAUCCUCUGCCCGCUGUCGACGCUGAGCAACUGGGUGUCCGAGUUCUACCGCUUCACGCCAAACACCCCCGUGCUGCUGUACCAUGGUAACCCGGACGAACGCAAGGAACUGCGCCGCAAGCAUCUGCGCAAGCUCGACCAGAACUUCCCCAUUGUCGUCACCACCUACGAGAUCUCAAUGCGGGACAAGCAGGCGCUGCAAAAGUUCGCAUGGAAGUUCAUCAUCAUUGACGAGGGCCAUCGCAUCAAGAACAUGAACUGCAAGCUGAUCCGCGACUUAAAGUCCUACCAAAGCACAAACCGGCUUCUUCUCACCGGCACACCGCUGCAGAACUCGCUUUCGGAGCUCUGGUCGUUGCUCAACUUCCUUCUGCCAGACAUCUUUGACGACCUGGAGAGCUUCCAAGCAUGGUUCGAUUUCAACGACAUUAGCGAGAAGGAGGGCCAGGACCGCAUUAUUUCGCAGCAGACCAGCUCCAACAUUGUCACCAAGCUGCACCAGAUCCUGCAGCCGUUCUUGCUGCGCAGGCUCAAGGUUGACGUCGAAAAGCACCUGCCGCCGAAGCGCGAGUACCUGAUUGCCUGCCCGAUGGCGCCCGUGCAGUACGAGUACUACCAGGCGGUGCGCGGCCCCAACCUGCGGUCGUUCCUCCAGGACAGAUUUGCCGGCGCCAACGCGUUCUUGGGCGCGGCCAGCAGCGACAGCGGCAGCCUCGCCAAGGCAGCCAAGCCAGGCAAGAGAGGCAACGGGCGCAAAAGGCCAGCGUACGCCGAAGCCGACGAAAACGACACUUUCAGCGGAGACGAGCUCGACGAGCCCGCACACCUGCCCAAGGACACCACGCCCAAGGCAUCCGCCAGCGGCUCCGGGCUGAGCAAGCUCAAGGCAGACGUGCUCGUGCGGCAGCUCAACCUCCAGUUCCGGCUGAUGCAGCAGCGCAAGGUGUGCCAGCACCCGUAUCUCUUUGACUUCCCCGUCACCGAUCCGCAGGACCCCGAGUCCGAGUUCCUCAUUGACGAGCAGCUGGUCAGAUCCUCGGGCAAGCUGCUGCUGCUCGACCGGCUGCUUCCAGAGCUUUUCGCCAACGGGCACCGCGUGCUGAUUUUCUCGCAGUUUGCCCGCGUCCUGGAUAUCCUCGAGUUCUACGCGGAGCUGCGUAGCUGGAAGUUUUGCCGUAUCGACGGAUCCGUCGCCCAGACCGAUCGCCAAGACGCCAUUGUGCGCUUCAACACCGACCCCUCCAUCCCUCUGUUUUUCCUCACCACGCGGUCCGGCGGUCUCGGCAUCAACCUGACGGCCGCCGACACCGUGGUUAUUUUCGACUCCGACUGGAACCCACAGCAAGAUCUGCAGGCCCAAGACCGUGUUCACCGGAUUGGCCAGAAGCGCCCUGUGCUUAUUUACCGGUUAAUUAUUGCCGGGAGCUGCGAACGAGCCAUACUGAAGCGCGCCAAGGCCAAGCGUAAGCUGGAGAAACUGGUCAUCCACGAUAAGAAGUUC